GAGGUCUGGAUUCUUUCUCUCCUACUGAGACACAGCGGGUAGGUUCACAGGCCGAUCCAACUGAGAGUUGAAGUGUGAGUGAGAGUGAGGAGGAACCAGCGAGCUUCCGGAGGGUCGCAUGUUUGGUGACUCAGGGUGAGAAGGGCCUCGAAGUUGUCGUCCCUUUCAUGCGGCGCUGCACCCAUUGUCUUGUCACAGCCAUAACUAGGGAGGAAGGAAGGCUGAGGAGUGGAGGGGCUCAGGCGAAGCUAGGGCGAUGCUGGGGUGCUGGUGGAGGUAUCCGAGUCCCAGAUGAACCUGUAACCCCGACAGAAGAUUCCAGACUCCCCAGAUGGGACCAGGGGAGGGAUGGCAUGAGUGACACACACACACACAGAGCCAGUCCCAGGAGCCCAGUAAUGGAGAGCCCCAAGAAGAGGAACCAGCAGCUGAAAGUCGGGAUCCUACACCUGUUCAGGAGACAGAAGAAGAUCAGGAUAGAGCUGAGAUCCAAGUGCGUGACAUGGAAGGUGAUCUGCAAGAGCUGCGUCAGUCAAAGACCGGGGUUAAAUCUGGAUUUGGGUGCUGGCAUCAAAGUGAAGAUUAUACCCAAAGGAGAACACUGUAAAAUGCCAGAAGCAG